CCGGCCAUUUUGCUAUAGCCACACGCGCACUCUUUAUAACCACUAUAAAUAUUAUCAUAUUAUUAUAACAGUUACCGUCACAAAAAUCUCGGCCCGCCGCAAGGAAUAAUAAAAAUAACAUGUUUGUGCGCACCGAUUUUUAACGACGUAUCAUUAUUAAAAUAUUAUUAUGUAAAAACAAUUCGUCACGUAGGUGACUUUUAAAUUUUUGUUUUUUGGUUAACGGAAAUUACACGUUGAUCUCGUGAACAUGUUGAUGGAUGUUGAUUUUGACGAUGAUACGCCAAAUCGAUGCACUACACUCGUUUACUAUGCAUGGAAAAUAUUCACGUGCUUGUUCCUGCACGUGUUACUCGUCACUAUGGUCGUGCUGUAUUGUUUGCUCGGGGCCUUUGCUUUUGAACGUCUGGAAUCAGCAAAUGAAAUUGAAGUGAAAAAUAGUAUUCGUGUAAUGAGGAUGAAUGUAACUACGGAUCUUUGGAAAUACACCAAAAAUUCAUUGGUGCUUCAACAAGAUAAUUUUACAACAAACGUAACAGCCCGGUUGCAGAAAUUUGAAGACGAUUUGAUUUACGCAAUGAAGCGUAAAGGUUGGGAUGGCGAAGAAGACACUAAAAUACAACAAUGGACUUUCACUGGGGCUUUAUUUUACUCAAUAAUUGUUAUUACAACUAUAGGUUACGGUCAUAUAGCUCCAAAAACCCUUAACGGAAAAAUAGUCACUAUAAUAUACGCGAUUGUUGGUAUACCGUUGAUGCUCUUAUGUCUGUCCAAUAUCGGCGACAUAAUGGCGCAUUCCUUCAGGUUCCUUUACUGGAAAGUAUGUUGCUAUACAUGCACCAGGCGGCAGAGACGAGUACAGUCCCUAAGGAGGUCCCGCAGUCAAAGGUCCACUACAAGAUCACACGGUUCAAGAACUACGUCAUUAAAGAGAACGGGUCGAAUAUCACAGAGAUCUGCAGACAGUGCUCUUGGAAUGUCAGAUUGUUAUACUAGAUCUUCUUAUUCGGACACUGAAUGCAGGUAUUAUGAUAAAAUGGAAAGAGAAUAUGCCAUGUUUGGAGGCGGGAUGCCUGUUAAAGCCCCUAACCGAUAUUCGCAGCAAUCCAGGUAUUCUGAUACCGUACCGUUACGAAGACACUCCCCAGCUAUUAAACCAAGAUCGACCAGUCAAAACAGUGGUCACCGAAACAAUGCUAACCAAUAUUAUUACCACGGACGAUAUCGAGUGCAAGAUCCUAGUUAUUCUGAUGGUGAUCAACUAGAUGGGCCAGAACUUCAGCAAGUGCCAUCGAUUUUAUUUAACAAAUAUGCGCUGGACAGGGAAGAAUCUCGAAGAAUUCAUCCAAAGCAAAGUCAAGAGAUCCGCCGGAACAUCCGGGGUCACUCGGCUGCGCCAAAUUUGGCGACGGAAACGCCGUCGGGUACGUUGCGAAUGAACAGCCGAAGCAAGACACCUCAGCAUCUGGUCGUAGAUAUGCUGCCAAUGGACCAUCCUGACCAGGAUUACUACCAGAAACCGAAAUUCCGACCGAGACAUCGGAAUUCCAAUCAGAGUAAGUCACGAGAAGAAUUCUUGGGCGGUGGUGGCUGUGGCGGCGGUGGAGGCGGCAAACGUUUGGAAGUGAUGGCGCCCAGUCCUCGUAUCAUGUCGCCCUUGGGUUUCGCGGUAAACCGGCAGUACCCUCGGCGGUCGACUCGGUACAGCGACUAUUACGAUGACGCGGAGCCAUACGACUUCGACGACAACAACCCGGAUCACAUUAAGCCCGUACCCAUAUGGCUGUGCGUGCUGCUGGUAGUUAGCUACAUAAUCAUGGGCGCAUUCCUGUUCAAGAGCUGGGAAAACUGGGAGUUACCGGACUCAGCGUACUUCUGCUUCAUAACGCUCACCACCAUUGGGUUCGGCGACUUCGUGCCCGCCCAGCGUGUGAUGAACAAGGGCGACGAUACCAAGCUCCGCAUAUGGUUCUGCUCGCUGUACCUGUUGUUCGGCAUCGCCCUCUUGGCAAUGAGUUUCAACCUUGUUCAGGAAGAGGUGAUCAGCAACGUCAAGACCGUGGCCCGACACUUAGGCAUCAUCAAGGAUGAGGAUGAGGAGGAGUCUGAGUGAUGGCGUACUCGUCCAAUAGUAUAAUAAUAUUUUAUAUUAUCAUCGUGAACGUACGUUGAAUGAAAUAUAUAUAAUAUGAACCGCGUAUAUACGCCAUUAUAACUUUCGCAUUAAUAUUGUUUUAAAUAUUAUGUUUUAUAAUAUACGUAAUCAUUAUGUCCAUGUGCUCACGGCCGUCAACUGCCUGUGCUCGUUUUGUAUAUUUUAUCUUAAAUUAUAGUGUUUAGAUCAUUUUGAGAUACAUUUUAAGAUAUAUUUUAAGAACUGUAAUUAAUCGCUUUACGGAUACAAAGUUUGCGUACAGAUAUCUAAAGAUGUAACAUUUAUAUAGAAAAAAAAAAUUAUCUUUGUAAAAAUCGAUUUUAAAUUCUAACUGA